AUGACGCCAUUAUUUAUAGAGCAGGGAUUUAAAAAGGAUGAUACUGGUGAUGUGAUGUCAGUGACACCACCUAACCAUGAUCACAGUUUGCUAGCUGGCUUGCCUUUUGCAAUUCUCAGUUCAAGACGUAUCCCCUUCCAGAGAGGAGUUUUCUGUAGUGAUGAAUCCAUCCGGUAUCCAUACAAAGAGGACACCAUUUCUUAUAAGUUGUUAGCAGGAAUAAUUAUUCCUUUCAGUAUAAUUGUUAUAAUCCUAGGAGAGACCCUCUCUGUCUUUUAUAAUCAUUUGCACUCAAAUUCAUUUGUCAGAAAUAACUACAUAGCCACUAUUUACAAAGCCAUUGGGACCUUCAUUUUUGGAGCAGCUGCUAGCCAGUCAUUGACAGACAUUGCCAAGUACUCCAUAGGUAGACUGCGUCCUCACUUCCUCGCUGUGUGCCAGCCUGACUGGACGCGAAUCAACUGCAGUCUAGGUUACAUUGAGAACUUUUCCUGUCAAGGAGACAAAGCAAAAAUCAAUGAGGGAAGACUAUCGUUUUACUCUGGCCAUUCUUCGUUCUCCAUGUACUGCAUGCUCUUCGUAGCACUUUACCUUCAGGCCAGAAUGAAAGGAGACUGGGCAAGGCUUGUACGUCCUACUCUGCAAUUUGGUCUCGUUGCUACAUCUAUCUAUGUGGGUCUCUCACGUGUUUCUGAUUACAAGCAUCAUUGGAGUGAUGUUUUAACAGGACUCAUUCAGGGAGCAGUGGUAGCUGUGCUCAUUGUUGUGUACGUGUCUGACUUCUUCAAAGUGAGAGGAUCUCUUGCUUAA